ACUCUGAACACUUUUCUAUGUUUGCAAGCAAAUGUAGAUGCAUUUACACAUAUCAAUGUAUAUGAUAUACCAUUGUGGUUCUUGAUAGAAAUUCCAAUAGCAAGGGAGAUAACUGUUAUAAAAUGAACCUUCUAUUUUUCCAUGACAUACCCCUGGAGUAUCGAGUAUGGUGUUUCUGCUUAUAGUCGUGUGCAUGUAUACACACAAGGAAAUGUAACACUGGUUUCCUUCCUGCUGGUUAAGUAACAAUGUAAAUCAUAAGUAACCAAACGGUCUUUACAUCGAUCAGAGUCAUCCACUUGUCUACUUUCGUUUUAUUGAAGCUUUUAUAGAGAAGAAGGACGUGAAUUAUAUGUGAAAAUAAUUAUUUGCAUCAUCAUUCAAGUAUACAGAAUUGCGAACAAAAUAGACGUUUGGGAAGGAAAUUGCAGAACAGCUAAUACAGAAUCGUGAGAGAUGGUCACAGAACUCUUCACCUGCCUGACAAGUAGCGCCAAAGCAUGAAAUACCAUCUGUAAAAUAAACAGCCCGUUAAACGGUGGUAGUGCGGUACUGGUAACUAUACAAAUAUAAUUUGUCCUGCUGACCACCAACACGUAGCGCUGUGAUGAUGGACAUCUGCAAGAUGAAGCAUACUCCAACCUGAUCAAGCAUACUCCAACCUGAGCAAGCAUAAUCCAACCUGAGCAAGUAUACUCCAACCUGAGCAGGCAUACUCCAACCUGAGCAAGUAUACUCCAACCUGAGCAGGCAUCCUCCAACCUGAGCAAGCAUACUCAAAUCUGAUGAAGCAUAUAUCAACCUGAUCAAACAAACUCCAACCUGAUCAAACAAACUCCAACUUGAUCAAGCAUACUCCAACCUGAGCAGGCAUACUCCAACCCGAGCAAGCAUACUCCAACCCAAGCAAGCAUAUUCCAACCUGAGCAAGCAUACUUCAACCUGAUUAAGCAUACUCCAACCUGAUGAAGCAUAUAUCAACCUAAGCAGGCUGCCUCCAACCUAAGAAGGCAUACUAAAACUUGACCAAGCAUACUCCAACCUGAGCAGACAUACUCCAACCUGAGCAGGCAUACUCCAACCUGAGCAGGCCGCCUCCAACCUAAGAAGGCAUACUAAAACUUGACCAAGCAUACUCCAACCUGAGCAGGCAUACUAAAAGCUGACCAAGCAUACUCCAACCUGAGCAGGCAUACAUUUCGAGGCUCUCUCCUCUAACUUGAUAUCAUUUGUCAACAGAUAUUUUCUAUCAGGGUACCUGUAUAAAAAUCGUCAGCAUGGCCCAGUUUGAUCCAGAUGAGCGAAAUCCUCUCCUGAGUGGUAGUGGUGGAAAUCAGUGUCUGUCAAGUAGGGUCACCCUACAGGAACCAUUAGACAAUAUGGCCAAACCGGAGAUGGGGAUAAAGGAAAAUAAGUCAGCAUUCCGUGGAAAAACGGGUCUUGUGGUGGUGUGUAUUUUGAUGACAGAACUGUGCGAGCGUUUGACGUAUUACAGUGUGGUAGCUAACCUUGUCCUGUUUUGUACCUCCAAACUCGACAUUCCCAGUUCUGAUGCUGCCAACAUUAGUCUCAUCUUCUCAGGUACAGUUUACCUUAUCCCUGUGAUUGGAGGAUACAUAUCCGACUCCUACGCGGGCAAAUACAACACGAUCCUGGGAUCAGGCCUAAUAUACCUGCUAGGGUUAUUCCUACUGCCAGCAGCUGCCAUAGAUUAUUCUGACUGGUUUGGGAGAGACGAUGAAGGAGUCAAAUACGACCUCAGUAUUGAAACAAGAAAGGCUUACUUCUUCUUGGGGCUGACCUUUGUCGCCAUAGGAACAGGAGGGAUCAAGGCCAAUGUGGGUCCGUACGGAGCACAACAAGUAACCGAUCUAGGUCCAGAGGCUGUACAAUCUUUCUUCAACUGGUUUUACUGGUUCAUCAACGCUGGGUCUCUGGUGGCUUAUUCUGGUGUGGCCUACAUUCAACAGAACAUCAGCUUCACCAUUGGGUUUGUCAUCCCUCUGGCCAGUAUGAUUGUUGCUCUCAUCAUCUUUGUUGCUGCCAGGAACCUGUACGUCAACACCGCUGUUGGAGGAAGCAUCUUCAGUAAAGCCUUUGGAGUUUGCUGUGCCACAAAAUGUAAAGGGUUCAAGAAAGCAAGAAUACAGAACGGAGGUCCUUACAGUAACGAGAUGGUGGACGGCGUGAUCUCUGUACUCCGAGUUCUUCCUGUGUUUUUAAUGAUCAUCAUGUACUGGGCUGUGUACUCACAGAUGCAGUCAACCUUUUUCCUGCAGAGUGAGAGGAUGGACGUGAUGGUGGGGGAUGUAAAGAUGCCAGCCGCUGUCCUCAAUAUCUUCAACACUGUCAUAAUUCUUAUCCUCAUCCCCAUCAUUGACCGUGUUAUCUACCCACUACUGGCUAAAUAUGGACGUAGCCCAUCCCAUCUACAAAGAAUAGGAUUGGGAAUGAUCCUGGCUGCUUUGUCUGUGGUGGUGGCGGGAGUACUGGAAAUAUACCGUAAACAAGAAUUGUCCGAAUCAGGGGGAAUAAUGCAAGAAUUGGCUGGUGACCAAUUCAACGCAUCAACAUUGUCUGUGUUCCUCCAAGUUCCAGAAUUUGCUCUUGUUGGGGCCAGUGAAGUGUUUGCCAGUAUAUCUGGUCUCGAGUUUGCAUAUUCUGAAGCUCCGGAUUUCAUGCAAGGUUUGGUGAUGGGUUUGUUCCUAAUGACAUCCGGCAUUGGUAACUACGUCUCUUCGCUGAUUCUGGUGAUCGUCAAGGCUGCAUCCACAAGUGAUCCUUGGUUCCCGGAUGAAAUAAAUGAAGGAAAGGCUGAAUAUCUCUUCUUUCUCAUUGGUGGGUUGAUGGUUGUGAACUUUUUAAUUUUCAUUAUCAUUGCCAAGGCCUACAAAACCCGUGCAUCGGAACAGAGCAAAAAUGAAAAACCAGAACUAAUUGACACUGAUCCAAAUAUGGACAGGAAAUUAAAAAUUGACCCUGGUUACCAUGACAACCCACUUGCCACAGAUACGAGAAUGUAGUACUUGUGUCUGUUUUCUGUAUCUGGAAUGGUUGAGAAAUAGAAAAGAUGGGAUUGAAUGAAUUUUUAAUGGUGAAAGUUCAGCUUUGCAUAUAGGGAUACUUGUUUUAGCAGAAAUGUUCAUAAGGACUGAAAGAUUAAAAAUAUCCAUAGUAGCUCAAUAAUGAGAUUAAUUCUCCAUCAUUCAAAUAUCCAGAAUCCAUUUUUAUCAAGCUUUGUUUGCCAAUAACUGUCUAAUUUUCAAUCAAGGUUUGUUUAAUGUUUGAUGAAAUGCCCUAAAUGUGCAUGUGGAAUUAUUUGUGAAUCUUACUGUAAGAAUGGAAAUUUUCAUGUCGUGACUCUGUGAAUUGUUUGGGGUGUCGAAAUUGUCCUGACAGCAAUUUACAGUAUAGGACAUUAAUAGUUUUCAAGCCAAAGUUAUAUGCCUAUUUUGUUUUCAGUUUUACUAAUCAUGAAAUCAUCAAUUGAUUGAUAUCUGACAUUGUAUCAUUAAGGUGAUGAAACCAGGGUUAUAACAGGGUUAUAAACCUCAGAUUAUUUAGUGACAAUAUAAAUGUACUAUAAUGUAUACAAUUUGGAGGGUGGCGUACAAUUUUCUGGGAAAUGUAAUUACCUCCAUUAUUUAGCAAUCAUUAUUUCUUGAGGUCUGGAAUAUGUCAGUUAUCAUAGUGAUCAGUCAAACACUAUGUUAUAAACCGUAAACUUAAGGGCUUAUCCUUCCACUGAUAAGUUGUCCAAUUCUUCAACACCAUUUCAUGUAGAUGAGAACUUAAUUAGCUCAUAGUGCCAAUGAUUUUUCAGGCAUGACUUGAACAAAUUAACACUGAUUGCAGAUAUAUCUUAUUUUCUGACAGUCAAAUUUAAAUAGUAAAUAUCUAUAUAAAUUGCUACAAUUAUUUAGACCACAAUAUAUUAUCAAUUAUAAGUGCCUUAAUUAUUUCUGCCAAAGAUAGGUCUAAUUGGAUGGGUAUAUGUGUUUGUUACAGAUAACACUGGGCUACCUGUAAAUGAUAAACCAUGUGAUAAACCAUACAUCUACAUCGGUUACCUGUAAAUGAUAAACCAGGUGAUAAAAUCAUACAUCUACAUCGGUUACCUGUCAUUUUUUGAAUUAUCGAUCAUAUUUUCAUAUUCCUAUGUUUUCAGUUGUGUAGUACGGUAAACAUACUUAUUUGAGCAGCUUUGAUAUUUUAGCAUCUCUCAAUCAUGCUAUCUCUGGCGCACUAACCUUAUGUACAAUAUGAACAAUAUGUAUACAUAUUUCAAGGGAAAAUGAGAUCCAACGUCCGAUAGUGAAUGUUCAGUAAAGUGUUGGAAACCCCAGUUGAUGGAUUUCUAAAUGGAAUUCACUAGUCCGGCCUUAAGAAUAAUCAAAUUUCAAAAGAAGAGAUGACCUGAGUACUACAUCCAAUGGGGAGUCCCAUCAGCUUUAAUCCAGUUAACAUGUUUUGGCCCACCUGGUGGGUCAUCAUCAGAAUACAUACAACUGGGUAUGUUUUCUGAUAAAUGGAAGAGUGCACUACCAUAUGUUAUGUAUAACAGUAUCUAUGUAUACAGACACAGUGUGUAAGGUUUCUGGAGUGCGUUUAAUCAAUGUAAGAGUCGGGGUGUCAUUUUAUGAUAGCCCAAAUUAAGAUCUGAGGAACCUUUGAGUGCUAAAAUAUUGAGUGUGCUAAUAAAUAUGUUUAUGGUAUUUCAAAUGAAGUUUUAAUAUAUAAAUUAAUAUUUUAUUUUCAAUUGAUUAAUUUUAAAAAUAUAUAUAUAUAUGUUUUACAUUUUUUUCAUGAAUCAAAGUUUAUACCUAGUCUGUGAUUUACUGUUAUAUUGAUUUAUAUAUUAUUUUAUGUGUUAAUUAACACAUUUCCAUAUUUUACAAACCGGUUUCCAUGUUUUCUGUAAGUAUUUACAAAACAAAAUUAACCAAUCUAAUGUGCGCUGAAACAAACACUGUCCAUAUUAAAAAUAUGUUUUUAGUUGUUACUGGAUUCAUUUAUUUAAUGAUUACAUGCAGUGAGGGAGAUAUUGUCAGGAAGAAUAAUAUAUAAAGUUUCUAACAAUUUAAUAUACCCCCGUAACAUGAAUCUGGUUAAAAAAAUUGUGUGUGUCAUAUUAUGGAGAGAUCUAUGUGUUGUUUAUUAUUGUCUCGUGACCCGGUGGUUCUAGUAAAUUAAAGUAUCCAGAAUCUAGACUGAGUGAAAUUCUAAUAUUAGCUUUAAAUUGCCUUACUUAAUUUGGUAUAUGCUCUGGUUCUUGUUUAAUUUUGAUGAUGGGUUACUCCCAUUUAAAUCCAAUUGUACUUGUAAGAGGGUAUAUAAAGUAGAAAUACAGUUGUAUUUGAGUGCAUUGCUAAUUGUCUACAUUGCUCACACCUUUUAUCUGGAAAUGUAUUUUUAUUAUUAUGGAAAACAGGAUAAUACUGGGGUUUGUCUCUCUUUUUUCAACCAAUUAUAAUAAAUUUCAACAUCUUAUUAUCACUGUUAACCUUAUAUAUAUUGAUUCAAUACGUUAUAAUAUAUUUGUUAAAAGGUGUCUUUGUAAGGCUCUGCAGAUAAAUGAUUCUCUUAAUUUCAUGACAGUUAUAUGACUGAUAAAUUUCAGUAAUCAAAAUUUUUUCAGAAACUUCCUUUUUAAUAAGUCAUAGAAUAACUGAGAAAGCUGUCUGAUAUAAUUAUUUCAUCACCAUUUAGAACAAGCAUUUUGAGACAAUGUUGUAGCUGUGGUCCAGCAUACCAUAUAUGGUUGAAAUCAAACCAUGUUAAUUAAGGGCAGUGAUUGCAUGGAAACUGAUUAACCAAUUAGAAUGAAGUAGCAUCAUUAGUUAUAUGCAUGUACAGAUAUGUAUUCAUCACAUGGACAAUCACUCUGACGUUAAUUAUAAUAAAUAUGAAAGAAUCACUCUGACAAUUAACAUCAAAUAAAUCAGGUUUUCAUUUCAUCAUGACAUUUAUUAAAGGAGUCUAAACGUUUUUGCAUCAUGCAGGCACUCUGCUGAGCAAAUACCAAACAGAAAUUAGGACAAUCAAUCUUAUGAAAUGAAAACGAAUUUAAUGUCCAUUUUAUCACAUUAUUUAGAGUGUAUGCAACAUCACAAUGCCAGGAUGUCGGUCGUGUUAAUGUUGAUGUUGAUGUCACAGUUGGUGUCAUCAUGUGAGGUAAUACACAGAAAAAAUUAAAUGAGUGUAUUCACUGCAGAACAUGGUAGAGGUAUAAAUAUUAAUAUUCACAGUUAUUGCCCUUGGCAUUCCUCAAGA